CCGCCCCGCGGCGCCGCUGCAGCCCCCGCGCGCGCGCAUAUAGGCUGCCCCGCCGCACUGGCCGCGCCGCCGCCGCCUCCUCCAGGCAUGGCACAGGGCUCUACCUCACUAUGGCAGCAGCGCGGCACAGCACCCUGGACUUCCUGCUCGGCGCCACGGCUGAUUGCAAUGCUGUUCUUAAAGGUCUACAGCCCGUUUUUCAGGAGCAGGGAAUGACAGAAACAGUUCAUAACUGGGAAGACCAUGGCUAUUUAGCAACCUACGUAAAAAAAAAUGGCAGUUUUGCCAAUUUGAGAAUUCACCCUCAUGGGUUAGUGCUGGUGGAUCUGCAGAGCUACAAUGAUCAUGCGAAAGGAAGAGAGGAAGUUGAUCAGCUUCUAAACAAAGUAGAAGAAAGAAUGAAAGAAUUGUUUUGUGGUAAUAUAAAAAGGGUGAAACGAUUGCCAGCCAUUUUGAGAGGAGGCGUCAUUGAUAGAUACUGGCCCACAGCUGAUGGGCGCCUAGUGGAGUAUGACAUUGAUGAAGUUGUUUAUGAUGAAGAUUCUCCAUUUCAGAAUAUUAAAAUUUUGCAUUCAAAACAGUUUGGGAAUAUUCUUAUCCUCAGUGGGGAUGUUAAUCUGGCAGAGAGUGACCUGGCAUAUACUCAAGCCAUAAUGGGCAGCGGAAAGGAAGACUACACUGGGAAAGAAGUGUUAAUCCUAGGAGGUGGUGAUGGAGGUAUACUUUAUGAGAUAGUCAAACUGAAGCCAAAGAUGGUUACUAUGGUAGAGAUUGACCAAAUGGUGAUCGAUGGAUGUAGGAAAUACAUGCGGAAAACAUGUGGAGAUGUCUUAGACAAUCUCAAAGGAGAGUGCUAUCAGGUUCUAAUUGAAGACUGCAUUCCCGUACUGAAGAGGUAUGCCAAAGAAGGGAGGAUGUUUGAUUAUGUAAUUAACGAUCUGACGGCAGUUCCGAUCUCCACAUCUCCAGAAGAAGAUUCCACAUGGGAAUUUCUGCGGUUGAUUCUUGACCUCUCCAUGAAAGUUCUGAAACAAGAUGGAAAAUACUUCACACAGGGAAACUGUAUCAAUCUGACUGAUGCCUUGACUCUGUAUGAAGAACAGCUGAGCAGGCUUUAUUGUCCUGUGGAGUUUUCAAAAGAAACGGUGUGCGUACCCUCCUACAUGGAACUAUGGGUAUUCUACACGAUUUGGAAGAAACAAACUGGCAACUGAACAUCAAGAUUAUUUGAGAUUAUUCUAAAUGUACAUGCUGCAUGGAGCAUACAGGCCUGCCGCGUGCUGCGUAUUGGCAUCUUGAACCUUUAAAUUAUGUGCUGUAGAUGAUUCUGAAACCUAGUCAUGCUAUUGAUUGUGAAUUCUUUAAAUGUUUUUUUAUUAUUAUUUUAAUUUAAAAGCAGAUGGAAAAUGUAUAUUUUGAUGAGCUAGGGUGUUAUUUUUGAAAGUCAACUUAAAGAAGAAUAAGCAGCAGAACUAUAUAAGCUGCUGAAUGCACUGAACAUUUAGAAUGUGAUCCCUUUUAUUUUUUUGUAGAUCUUCAGAAAUGGAUUGAUUAAAAAAGGCAUCUUUUCGGAUUUCGUCCCUGAAGGCCGGUUCAUGGAGUUUGUUUUGGAUUGGGGUUUUUUUUUGUUGUUUUUCCACCAGAUUUUUCAGGAUGAAGGGGGUUUUGUUUGGUUGGUUUUUUUUUUCAAAUGAACACGUGCAGUGCUUCCAUAUAAAGAAGGGCAUAACUGAAAAGAAAAAAAAGGAAAAAAGAGAGGGGAAAAGAAAAGGAAAAAAUCUUUAGAGGGGAUAACCCAAAUCCUUCAUUGCAAAGGGAAGAAAGCUAGUCUUAAAUUUUGUUUAUUUACUCUUGUUUCUUUUAUUGUUGCUGUAAUCUCUUCUGCAUGAGAAGAAUCUUUGACCUUUCACCUCAUGGAAUUCUUUAGCUGCUGCUGCAUUGAUUAUUUGGAUUUAUAUACAGAUUAAACAGUAGGUUAUAGAGGCACUUUGAACUCUACCAGCAUAAAUAUUAAAACUAGUUUUCCAUCCCACCACAGUGCAAGAAAAUGUGUGAUAAGGUUCUUGAGGGAUAUACUCUUCAAUGUUAUGGAAAACUAGGUUCUUGAAGGAAAAAUUGUUUAAAAGGGUAAAAAAUAAUGGGUGUGAUCUAGAUUCAUAUGCACUGGUAUUGAAUGUUUUGAGGCAAGUAUAUAUACUUCAGUAGAGUAAGUCCUGCAGGCAGACCAUGUUGUGUGGGGAGCUCUUGCUGAAUUACUCACUUGCAGUGUAAAAAUCAAUGGAGGCUAGGUUAUGUUGUAGUUUUGUUUUGAAAUAUAAAGCAUUUUUCUUUCACUGUUUCUCAUGUCUGAAAAAUUAUAUUUUUGUAAGAAUGUGCUGUGUACUGACUAAAACUUUGCUUUCAGUGAUCCCAUUUGAAAGGAGGUAGGAGGGAUAUUACCAUUCUGUGCAUUUCUGUACAUUUCCAAGAUAGAAUAAAAAGUGCACUGUUUCCCUAAACACUCUAAUCCUGAACCAUAAUGAUGUUGUUUUCUUUCAACACUUAGUGUGAAUAUUUUCAUAUUUUUUUUCUUGGGAGGAGUUGACCCCAUCUUCUUCCGCUUGGUACUGUUAAUGAAAACAAAAUAAACAGAAAAACAUUCCGAAGAUCUGUAUUCUGAAAUCAUACAUAAAACAAUUUUACUGUCACCCACGUAUAUAAACUGUUCAUGAAAUCUCAGUAGCCUGUGUAGAAUUCCAGAGUAGUACCAGGAAACUUAAAAAGGUUUCCUCUUCAUUUGGUGUAUAAUUAUUCUUAUAUUGUACGGUUGUGCUGUUAAAAUGCUUUCAGUUUCAAAAGCCAAUAGAAAUAUUCUUCAGUCUUUAAAUUAUAGCAGUUUAUGUUAAUCCUUUAAUAUACAAGGUGCACAGUUCCUCCAUGGCCUACAGCUUGUGCAUCCCUUAAUACUCUCAAAGAGCAAAGCCUUUCUCUAAACAAAGUCUUGUGUUUCCCUGAGUGUUCUACCUGUGUUGUAUACAUCACAGACAAUACCUUGGUAUUUUUGCCUAUAACCUAGUAGUGACCCUUCAUUUCCAAUACAGGACUGCGCUCAGUAUAUUAUAUAGCUGCAAAUGAAUGCAGAUGUCCUCUAAACAGUUGUGUAUCCCUAAAUUUGCAAGCAUUCCCAUUGGUUCUUAGUGUGCUUACUCAUGUAGAUGAAAUUAAGUGCACAGGUGUUCACUGGGGUGGGGCUUACGGCAUGUGUGUUCCCAAGUGAGUUUGAUAGAUGUAGAAAUCGGUCACAAAAAAUGGGGGGGGGGUUGUUUUUCGGUAAAGAAACUUGUGAACUGGAGGAUGACUUUAUAUGCUUGCUGUAGCAAGGCUAGAACUUUUCUUUAGCGCUGCUGCACAAGGCUGCCUGAGCACAGUGAUGUUGGAUGUGCAGGAAUGUUCCAUAAUCAUUUCCCAGAAUGACCUAGACACCUGAAUUAAAUAUUGAUAGGUGAGAAGCAGCAGUGCUUGCAAAUCUUUCCUUUUCAACUGAUAUAGUAUAAAGAGUUGGAGGAAUUAUUUUUUAAAAAGCCUUUUUUUUUAACGUAGGGGUUUUUUUUAGGCAAUAGAUGAAGUAAAAAGCAAUUCAACAAAUACUGAACAUUAUAUUUUUAAGUUGCUGAAUUGAUUCUGAGCAAAUACAUACACAUGGUCAGUCUUUAUUUAUUUGUUGCUGUAGUGUAGAUGUUUUAAAAAGGGCAAACAAGUCUAUUUGUGUUAGAACUGUCAAAUGUAAACUGCUAUAGCUGAUCAGCUUUCCAUGUUUAAAGCCAGCUGGGAAAUAGGUGUGAUAACAUUAUGCCAACAGUUCCCAAGAUAUGGUUGACAUUAGGGUUUUCUUAAUUAUUCUUUGCACUAAAUGCUGCUUCCACCUAGGAAUGUGAUUUAAGCAUUUAAAAACUUGAUUAAUAGUAGUUCGUGCAAAGAGAAGACUGCUGGUAUUGUAUCUACUGCAUCAGGGCAGUGCAUGUGUUUAAAUACACUAUUACUUGUGUGUUGGAAUUGUUAAAUAUCUUGUGGAUUCGGUGAUGAAAUGACAGAAUUGAUGGGUAUAAUGCUUAUCGUUGUAGCUUUUUUCCUUUACCUUGUUGCCUAACAAACA